AUGAAGGCCCCCGUCGCAUCCUGGCUCGCCGUCCUGGGACUCACCACAGUCGUUACGGCAGCAACCUGUGAUUCCCCAAUCCAGCGAAAGAACUUCACCUCUCUCUCCAACGAAGAAAAGCUCGCCUGGAUCGACGCUGAAAAGUGUCUCACCACCCACGAUGCUGUCUUCGGCCUGUUCGACGCCGCUACCACCCUCUGGGACGAGCAACAAUACCUGCACCUGACCAUGUCGAACUACAUUCACGGAGUGGGGCAAUUCCUGCCUUGGCACCGCUACUACGUGAAGCUGCACGAGUAUCUGCUGCAGACCUACUGCAACUAUACCGGCGGUAUGCCCUACUGGGAUUUACAAGUCGACGCGGCCAACGUCACGCAGUCCGCCGUUUGGGACACGGUCUACGGUAUCGGCGGAGACGGCAACGCUUCCGAGAGCAAUGUCGUUACGAAGGGCCCGUUCGCCUACACCGAGUUCCACGUCGGCGCGGAGUCCUUCAAUACCGUCAUCCCGAAGGCCGCGACGUACUACCUCAACCGCUCCAUCAGCGAAUCCAUCUUCCAGAUGGCAAGUCAAUCCAGCGUGGACACGUGCAACGAGGCGGAGAAGUAUGAGGAUUACUGGGACUGUCUGGGACAAGCUCCCCAUUCAGCAGGCCACGCGGGCACCGGUGGUGUGAUGCAAGAUCCUGUCUUGUCCCCCGGAGACCCCGUCUUCUUCCUGCACCACAACAACCUGGAUCGCCUCUGGUGGGAGUGGCAGUCCGUGAACCUGACCGCCCGCCUCGCCGACAUCAGCGGCCAGAACACGCCGUCCGAUGCGUUCAACCUCCAGAACAACUGGGAGGCGCCGGGCGCCAACUUCACGGACUACAGCGGCGACCCGGCCAACGUCACCACUUUGACCCAUGUUCUGUCCUUGUAUGAGAUGCUCCCGAACGUCACCGUAGGCGACGUGAUGGACAUUGGCGGCACUGUCAUCUGUGCGGAAUACGUGUAA